AUGGAGACGACCCUAACUCCAAACCAGGCAUUGAGUGAUUUCGCCGACUACGUCCAGCAACAGCAAGCCCUCCGCAAGCCGCCACAGUCCAGCAGCUCAACUGGCAAAGGCGCCCCCAAGCAAGAGCAUGCUGAGUUGGAUAUUCUCGAUGAUCUUGAUCUAGGGGAUGACAAGCCGAAGGUCAAGUUAAAACAUCUACUACUCGACGACACCGACACGAAAGACGAUAGCAUCAAGCAGCUUCAAAGCGUCAUUGAGACCCGGAUAGACGAAGGGCAUGGCGAAUGCUUGUUCGAUGUUGGACUUGAGGACAAUGGGGAUAGUCAACUUCUAGAAGAGAAGGAGUGGGACGCUGCGUUGGCGCGGAUACGAGGCUUGCUGGAGAAGAUGAAGGCGGAUUGGAAGAUCCUCAUGACGAAGAACGUUCCGGACAGCCCGGUCGAUGUCGGAAACGAGAACAAGAAGGAGAGGGGAUGUGUUGGGAAGGUGAUGAUACGGCGGCGUCCGCAAGAUCUCGACGAUACGAUUGAGACGAGGAUAGCGGUUGUUGGCAACGUGGAUGCUGGCAAGAGUACGAUGCUGGGGGUCUUGGUUAAGGGCGGGCUUGACGACGGUAGAGGUAAGGCUCGCGUCAACUUGUUCAGGCAUAAGCAUGAGGUGGAGUCAGGCCGGACCAGCUCGGUGGGCAUGGAGAUCAUGGGCUUCGACACGAAAGGCGAGGUUGUGGUUUCUGGGGUACCUGGACGCAAGCUCAGCUGGGAGGAGAUUGGGAAACGCAGUGCGAAGGUCAUCUCCUUUACGGAUCUUGCGGGUCACGAACGGUAUCUGCGGACAACAGUCUUCGGCCUCUUGUCCAGCGAGCCGAACUACUGCCUGCUCAUGGUAGCGGCGAACAAUGGUCUCAUCGGCAUGAGCAAAGAGCAUCUGGGCAUCGCACUGGCCCUCAAUGUGCCUGUCAUGGUGGUAGUGACGAAGAUUGACAUCUGUCCACCACACAUCCUGCAGGAGACCGUCACGCAGCUGACCAAGAUUCUGAAAUCUCCUGGAGCAAGGAAGAUACCGAUCUUCAUUAAGAACCGCGAAGACUGCAUCAACACCGCGACACAGUUCGUCAGCCAGCGGAUAUGCCCGAUCUUCCAGGUCUCGAACGUCACAGGAGAGUCUUUGGACAUGGUCCGGGAGUUCCUGAACAUCCUGCCUCACCACGGCAAGUACGAUGUCGACGCUCCGUUCGAAUUUCACGUGAACGACACCUUCUCAGUGCCGUUCGUGGGCACUGUGGUCUCUGGUGUGGUCAAAUCCGGGGUCGUACAUGCCGGCGACACUGUUCUUGUUGGACCAGACAGCCUUGGCCAGUUCACUACCACCACCAUCAGGAGCAUCGAGCGGAAACGAAUACCUGUCCCUGUCUGUUCAGCCGGCCAGAGCGCGUCCUUCGCACUACGAAGAGUACGCAGAAAGGACGUCCGGAAAGGCAUGGUCGUCCUCCUAGCCAAGUCAGAUACCAACCCGAACGCUGUGGCGCCUCAGCCGAAGGUUCAUCGCGAGUUCGUCGCAGAAGUGCUUAUCCUGUCCCACGCCACCACUAUCCGGACGAAGUACCAGGCUAUGCUCCACGUCGGUCCCGUCAGCCAGACCUGCGCCAUCAUUGAUAUCGAUCGAGCGUACAUCCGGACUGGUGACAGGGCCACGGUCGCCUUUCGCUUCGUGCAGCGGCCUGAGUUCCUGGCGAUCGGCGACCGGAUACUGUUCAGAGAAGGCCGGACGAAGGGACUGGGGAUUGUGAAGCAGGUGGGGUAUGAUUCGUCGAAGCCGUUGAAUCCUGAGGCGGCGAAGGAGAGGGAGAAGUUGGAGGGUGGUGGGAAGACGGCGGCGAAGGCUGGGAGUUGA